AUGAAGGCAGAACUGAUCAACCCGGUGAUUACCGCCGUACAAGAUCACUUUACUGAAGCGUUGGGAUGGUCGAUCACUCGAGGUCGUCCGUUCGUGAAACGCGAUGCCGAGCCCAAUCGUAGUGUGCCCGCAAUGGUUGGGUUCGCCGGUAAGCUCAAGGGCACAUUGGUCGUCAAUUUCGACCCCGAAGUCAUCCUGGCGAUCGACGCCAAGAUUCAUAAGCGGCCGAAACGUGAGGUCGAUCACGAAACGCUCGAUACGAUUGUCGAAUUCACUAGCGGAAUCGCGACUCGUAUUCAGGAAGAGCAGCACACCACCUACCCGAUCUUGUUUCAGGGCGUCUCUUCGCAAGCCAGGUACCACACUCGCCAGGUGCCACUCUGUUUUCCGUUGAAAACACUAGCAGGCAACGUUGUGGUCGAGAUCAUCGUCACAGAGCAAGAUCUGGUUGAAGAUCAACUCGCCGACCUCAAGAAGAUCGUCGCCUCGGUUGGUGGGCUCACCGACGAUGUUGCUCGGGGAAUCGAUCAGCACAAUAGCUUCAUGCAGGAAAUCUCCGAUGAACUGUCGGGCGAUUCCAGUAACGAUUCGGCAAGCGUGUUAACAGCGGUUGCAAGCCUCAUCAAAGCAAAUGAAUCGAUGCAGUCGGAGCUGAACAGCACCAAGCAAAAGCUCCAAGACCAAACAAAGCAAAUCGAUGCCUUUGCCGAAGACGCUCGCACAGACAGCCUGACUGGCCUAGCUAAUCGCCGUGCAUUCGACGAGCUGAUCCAGCAGCACCUGGCUUCGCAAAUUGAGAAGCAAAAGCCGACGACCUUGCUGAUGUUGGAUGUCGAUCACUUCAAGCGAUUCAACGAUCGCCAUGGUCACCUGGCUGGCGAUGAAGUGCUGCGGAGUGUGAGUCGUGUGCUCCGAGAGAUGGUUCGCGAACAGGAUAUCCCAGCUCGCUACGGUGGCGAAGAGUUUGCCGUGAUAUUCCCAAACACCACGCUGGAAGAAGCCGCCCCUGUGGCGGUCGAGGUACGCCGGGCCAUCUACCGAAGCGUCGUCAACUUUGAAGAGAAGUCCCUUCGCGUCACGGCCAGUGCAGGAAUCGCUCAAAGCCGCAACGGUGAAUCGGAUUCUGAAUGGAUCAAACGGGCGGACGAAGCCCUGUAUGCCGCCAAGAACGCAGGGCGGAAUUGCCAGCACUGGCACAACGGGCUCGAGACCUUCCCGCUGGUCGAUGCCAAUGGAGAUAUCAGCAUCGGCGAAAUGGUUUCUCGCACCACCUUCGCUGCCGCGUGGCUACCUUCUAUAAUGGAAGGCAUGAACUCCGCCGGUCAAACAGACUCGCCCACGGCUCCGGCCGUCUCGGUAUUCCAGGCCCGCGACCUCACCAAGGUCUACCACAUGGGCGAGAUCGACGUUCACGCCCUGCGUGGUGUAGAUGUCGACUUGUACGAAAAGGAAUUCGUUGUACUCCUGGGGCCCUCGGGAAGUGGGAAGUCGACGCUGCUGAAUAUCCUCGGCGGCCUAGAUAUUCCUACCAGUGGAACAGUCCGCUAUCGUGAGACCGAUCUCACACGGAGCGAUGACCGGCAGCUCACUCGCUAUCGCCGCGACCACGUGGGUUUUGUCUUUCAGUUUUACAACCUCAUCCCCAGCCUGACGGCCCGCGAGAAUGUGGCCCUGGUCACUGAGGUUGCCCGAGACCCCAUGCCGCCGGAAGAGGCCCUCUCGAUGGUCGAGCUGGGGCACCGGUUAGAUCACUUCCCCGCGCAGCUCUCUGGUGGAGAACAGCAGCGCGUUGCCAUUGCCCGAGCGAUUGCCAAACGCCCCGAUGUGCUCUUGUGCGACGAACCCACGGGGGCCCUUGAUUACAGCACGGGGGUCAUCGUGUUAGAAGUGAUCCAACGGGUGAACGAAGAGCUGGGGACCACCACGGCUGUGAUUACGCACAAUGCUGGUAUCUCGGAGAUGGCCAAUCGCGUGAUUUCGCUCUCCGACGGAAAGAUUGCCUCAGUCCACUUGAACGAUACCAAGCGGUCGCCACGCGAACUUCAAUGGUGA